AUGGGUAACUCACACUCUGAACCAGCCGACACCCGCAAGCAUAAAAAGCAUGACGCGGACCAUCAUAGUCUUGUGAGGCGAGCACUUCACCGCGUGCAAUCAGCCUUCCCGAGCCCAACAACCUCUUCACCAUCUACUUCACACGCUUCCUUUUCACAAAAGAGAAAUACUCAUCAUGAUGGUAAUGGCCUUUCAUCAUCAGCUUCUAGUCAUCCAUCGCUUCGAUUAUCAACACCACCUAUUCAUUUCCCAACGCUACCAACAUCAUUAUCACAACAAGAGAUUGAUACAACUGCCAGCAGCGGAUUACAAUCGGUACCCACGUCACCACAACCACCACCUUCAGCAGACCAACAUCAUCAGCAUGCCUGCAGCAAUGAGAAUAGUCCGCUGCCAAUAACCUGUAAAUACUGCUUACCCGAUAGUGAACAUGAGCAAGAUCGGCUUAUCAGCAUGCAUUUCUUAUCCAAACAUGCAUUUGGCGGCAAUUAUGCAUCGCCAAUCGGGAGCAUUUUACAACAACCGCGACUACAUCAUAAAGUCCAACCAUGCGUGCUUGAUGUUGCUUGUGGGACAGGCACAUGGCUAAUGGAAAUGGCAUCCGAGUUUCCAAACGCACAAUUUUAUGGGAUUGAUAUCUAUACCAUGUAUCCCUCCGAUAUUAAACCGCCUAACGUCCACUUUAUUCAGGGCAAUGUGCUCGAAGGUCUACCAUACGAUGAUGCCACCUUUGACUUUGUGCAUAUGAGCUACGUCUCUACAUGCUUCUCACAACGAGAUCGAAGGCAAUUACUACACCAAAUUCGGCGUGUUCUUAAACCAGGUGGCUAUGUUGAGUUUCGUGACGCUGAGCACUUUAUCCGCAAUGCAGGGCCACUGACAAAUGAAUUCCAAAGACCAUUUGCACGUGUGAUGCGAGAAGUAUUGGAUGUGGAUGUCACUUGGGCGUCGCAUAUGGCUGAACAAUUGCAUUUGGUUGCUGGUAUGACCGAUAUCCAUAAUCAAGUCGUUUCAACGCAUUACAUGAGCAGCAGUAACCUUAGCAACGCCAUCAUGAAUCAUCUGGAAGCCGAGCUCCAAAGCUAUGGCGAUUUCUUAGCGACGGCGUAUCAUUUGAGCAGAGAAGAAUACAAUAGGAUCUGUGAGAGCAUCCUUGAAGAGUGUCGUCGGUAUCGCUCAUUCCAAAACCAUGUUCUUGUAUGGGCUCGUAAACGGCUCAUUGAAGAUAGCACACCUGCCAGCAUUGAUCGAUUCUCGACAGCGCCAUCCACCGUUGCAUCAUCAGGAUCGCCCAGUUCCUCUCAUAUACCCACAAAUAGCAUCCACUCGAACCGUAACGAUGAAAAGACAUCUGAUAUUUAUCAGUUUGUCCAUGGUUACAUUGAAUGA